AUGACGUAAACCAACAUGGCGGCGAUGGCGUCCUUGAUUAUGAAGUCCCGUACAGGACUCCUGCUCCCCAGUCAGUGCCUUCUGCUAGACUCUGUGAGGUUUGCUUCUAAAAAAGCCGGAGGAAGCUCGAAGAACCUGGGAGGAAAGAGCCCGGGCCGCAGAUAUGGCUUUAAAAAACAAGAUGGUAACUUUGUGCGUGCUGGAAACAUCCUGGCCACGCAGAGACACCUGAGGUACCAUCCCGGAGCUCAUGUGGGCAUGGGGACCAACAACACUUUGUUUGCUCUGGAGGACGGCCAGGUGCGCUUCACUAAAGAGGUGUACAUCCCUCCACCGCGCAGCACCGAGGCCAGAGAGAUCAUCUCCCAACUGCCCAGAGGAGCCGUGCUCUACAAGACUUUCAUCAAUGUUCUGCCCGUCAAGCAGGAGGGCAAGUUCAGGCUUGUGGACCUGGUCUGAGCAUGGACUCCCACUAAAGAGACAGGAGGAACUUUAUAUUGUGUCUAGAGUGGAUUUCAUUGGAUUAGAUUAAAGAGGGUGUAUUGUGCAAAAUCGACUUUUUGGUGCUUUCUACAGUGUUAUAACAAUGUUCCCUCAUCAAAAACAUGCCUGAAGACGUUCUAUGUCAUCCAUGCAUGUCUGAGUAAUUCAGCGAUAUCUCGGGGGCCUUAUUCAAAUCCGCCUUACGGUUAGCUGCAAUGCUCCGCCCACAGGCCUACAUCAUUCAAGGUACCACACGACAAUUCUCCAUAAAUAUAUAAAAGCAUGAUACAGAAGUGUACACAGCAACUUGACAAACUUGAUGCAAUGUGCAGCAGUUUCAAUAGUGGAAUGCACAACCAUUGUAAAGUGAUAGCACUCUGAAAGAGGAGUGACUUUAGCUCAGAGUGUCAAAAGCUCUUAUAAAACAUGCUAAUGUUUUUUCAGCUAAUAUAGCAUUUUCAAAGCAAUAAAUGGUAAUAUGGUGAUCUAAACAUGUUAUGCAUUAGCAGUUAAUGCCCUAUAGAAUUUAAAUACCCCCUCUUUAAAGUACCGCUGUUUCUGAUGAAGCUUCUGCUACCUGCUUUGAAUGUUCUACUGAUACUAAACUUAUUUAUAUACAGUAGACAUAUUUUGACCUCAAGAGCUACUUAUACAAAUUUCUGUACAGGGGCAAGACACAUUGUUCAGGUACAUGG